UGAGAAUCCCCUCUUUGAUCCUGGAUGCUUUCUUCUGUGUAAUAUGUGAAUAAUAUAGAUUUUCUCUGUUAAUGUUCAUAGGUAGUAGGUUGAAAUUCUGACUUGGAGGAACUUGAUCUGAAAUAGUCAUGGAUUCCUGCUGUUACAUAUCAGAAGGUCUUACCAAACCACCUCCUGCUGGUCUCAGAUCUGAACCCUGACAUGCUGUCAUCACAGCUCAUUCAUAAAAUUUCACGAUGACAUUAUCAUGUGUUGAUCCUGUGAAGAGUCGUCUUUUUGAGAAGUAGGAGUCUGGAAGUGAUGGAUGAGAGGCGACAGAUUAACACCACAUGUCAGUCUGGAAAUAAAACAUGUCACGUGACUGAGAGUCAUUAACGACUGUAUAAUAACAGCAAAUUGUGAUGGUUUGUACAUUAUUUGCGGCAGCAGGAAACGACACUGAAAAAACAUUAUAACACAAGGUGAAGCUACAGGAAGACAGAAACAAAGGAACAACGGUUAUUUUUUUAUUAUUUAUAUUUUAUAUUUAUAUUAUUUAUACUUCAGUGAUGGCUCUUGUCACAAUGCUUGUGCUGACAUUGAUUUCUCACUGCUGGAGUGCACCUCAUCGGAGAAACUGGACCCCUCAGGCUAUACUGUAUCUAAAAGGAGCACAAGGACAUCGUUCAAUAUUAGAGCGAAGCAGUAGAGAUGAAGGGGAAACUUUACAAGUAGUCACUCUCAACCAUGACAGUGAUCCACAAGCUGGAACAUCAUCAGCUGCUUCCUCUUUUCUGGAUCUUCUGCAGCAAAUCAUGGAUGAAGGUGGACACGAUCCGUAUGAGGAGCUGAAUUACUUCUAAACCUGUUUUCAGUCGGUUUAAGAGUCGUCACUUGGACCCUCCUCUUCCCUGUUUCUGCUUUUGUUGCAUUUUGUCUUAUUCUUGUGUGCCUUUUGUUGCUUGGACUUCAGUGUUUAAUUAAAUGCUCCAUAUAAGGCC